AACUCAUUCUGAGUUCAACAGCGACAGUGUCACAGUAGGAAUGGCAUGAAAAUAGGGAAUGGAAAAUCAUUUUUCCCUCCAAAUUCCCAGUAAAGAUCUCCCCACCCAUUUCCUCCGCUCUUUCUCUGAAGUCCCCACGUAUCCAAAGGUUUCGCCCACGCAGUGAACUCCUUCUCACGCACUCCUCUCGUUAAUCUCCACUUCUACAGCUCUGUUGUUUGCAUGAAUCGAAAUGGGUUCUCUUGGGAAUGGCGAUGAUGAUGAAAUCAAACAAAAUAGAAAUGCUUCUAAUGUCUGUAGUGGCGAGACGGAGGCCCAGGACUUUGACAGUCAGUUUUCGCCGCCGGCAUUUUCUGGUGAGAAGCGGGAAGAAGGUGAUUAUGCUGAUGAGUUACAAUUUAUGCAAAAUACUGUGCCUUUUGAUGAUACUCUUCCGCUCGAAGAUGUGUUUGAAACCCAGAUGGUGGAUCUUGGUGGUGAGACUCAAGUACUGGACAAUCCAGAUCUUGAUAAUAUCAGCACCCAGUUAAUAGAUGGGUUUGAUAAUGAUGUAGUAAUUGAUAGCGAUGGUGAAGGGACAGAUAGAACUGAAGUUUUGGAUGAUAGUGAUGUGUUAUCUGAAGAUGAUAUUCAAAUAAUGGCCGACAGUCAUGAAAUGGAUGGGGAGAAGUUGCAGUUUGAUUCUCCUUGUCAGAAAAAUGAAAAGGAAUAUACAGAUGCGCAAGAUGCUUCGAUUUAUAAACAACAGAUUUCAGAGUCUGUGAGAAGGGAAUUUACUUCAAUUCGUGUAUCGUCUUUACGGGCAUCUGGUUUGGCAGCUCGUGCAACAGCUUUGAAGGGUGCUGAUGGUGGGUCUUUUCCAAUCUCGAGUGGCGGUCAGUGGUUGAAACAACCUGCUACCGAGAAUGAUGGGAUCUGCGUUAGAAAAGAUUUAGCUGAAGGUGGGGGAGAUGCUAAUGGAGAGCAUGAUCAGAGAAAUUAUAAUGAGAGAGUGGAAGGGUUUAGAAAUGAAAGCAAGGCCAGGAUUGGUAGUUCAACAGUGAGAAAACUCUUUAAUGAGGAUACAUUUUCUGAGAAUGUAGGAUCUGGAAAUGUGAAUGAUACUGAGCAUGGAGUGAACUUGACUCUGCCGCUGGAGGGUGACAACGAAUUGGCAGGGUUAAGUUAUGUUGAUUCUCAAGAACCUGGAGAUUUAUCCCAAGCUAAUGCACUUGAUUUUGUAGACAGAUUUAUUCAGGUUAAUGUUUCAGAGUUGGAUCAAGAAGUUCACCAUGGAAAAUCUUCUGGGGGAAAAUCAAACCCUGUCUCAUGUGCAAAAGGGCCGCAGAGUUUGGCCAAGAGAGCCAGUCUUAUAAGCACAGUUGGAGAAACAGGUAUUUUUGACUGGGAUGAUAGUCGUGAGGACGAAGGUGGGGGAGAUCUUUUUUGUAGAAGGAAGGAGGACUUCUUUGAUAGUAGAGGUAAAGGGAGGAAAUGUGUUACUGAACCUCGGAAACUCAGGCGUGUUGGUAGAGUUGAUGAGUCUGGAAAUAAGGAAGAGCAAACAAAUAUCCAUAAUAAAAUAAUGGGUUUACUUCACUCUGAUUCAAGAAUUGCAUUGCAUCGUUCCAAGGUGAAUGCCAAGACAGUGCCAGCAUCUGAAAGGGAAAUUAAGAAGAAUCUAAUUAAUGAGUUGGAUGAAGAGUUAAAUCCAAGUUCCUCUGGUGGACAAUUGGGUACUAAUGCAGAUAAGUUGGAUGUGCUAAAUGUAGGGUUUGACACUCAAUUGGCUGCAGAAGCUAUGGAAGCCCUGUCCCAUGGAGCAGGUCUUGCUAACCACGAUGCUAAUAACAAACAAGGUAUGCAGAAUAUUUCUAACAGGUCUCCCAAGAGUUCUAAAGGAGGAGCAAAGAAAAGAGUUUGUUCACAGCGAGUGUCUUUAAAGAGAGGGGUACUGCCUUCUGAUUCAGGAGUUCUUACAAGACAGGCAAAGAGAUUAAAAUUGACUGAUUCCAAUUUAAGUAAAGAUUUUGCCAUUUCACCAGAGAAAGCUUCCAAGAAGGUCAAGGGACAAUUAGAUGUGGAGCGAGGGAAAUCAAAGCAUAAAAGGGGCAAGUUAAACUCUAAAAAGCACUGUGCUACCAAUGGGAGUGGAAUCCCAGACCAAAUGCCUUCUAAGAUCAUCCAAGAAAGAAAGGCCAAUAGAUCUUUGGGAAGUGGCUACCUUGAUGAGGCUGAUAGAGAUGAAGUCACUUCAACAUCAGUUGGACUUGUCCCCAUUAAGAAACGACAUUUACAAGAGGAGUUUGUCGCUUCUACACCUAUUGCUCAUCGAACAAGGCACUGCAGAAUGGAUAAUCAUUUGAGAAGUGCUGAGAAUGUAGCAAAUGAUUCUAGGGAACAAAAGGAUGAGGCAAUGGAGGUGGGAUCCUUCAACAAACAAGCAAAAUGUAAUAGACAUGGCGAUGCUGUUAAAGUGUUAAAUGCUAAAAAGAAAUCUUCUAUUGCGUGUUCCGAUCAAUUUGGACAGGAUGAAAAUGCCAGAAAGAGCUUGUCUUCCGGUCAAAUUAGAGAUGUUCAAAAUGUUCAAAGGGGUAGAUUAAACAGAUCAGCUCCCAAGUCAACUGGUAUGACAAAUGGUGUUGAACUAGAUGCACUGACCUAUCCCAGAGGGAGAAGAACUCGCCGAAGUUUGUCUGUUCAUGUUAGUGGAACUGAUGACCUGGCUGGUCUCUCCAGGCUACCUGUUGGGCAACAAGCAAAUGGACGAUGUACUGCAAGGAAGAGAGGAUUAGACAACAAUGUUGAAAGAGAAUAUUUUCAAACAUACACGAGGAAAACACGAUCAUCUGCUUAUGCUUGUCCAGUUUUGUCUUCCUUUGGUAACAGCUCUGAGGUAGGAUUGUUACACAAAAAUUCUGGUAAACCUCAUUCAGAAGAUGCAGCUAAGCACACUGAGGGGAAUGGUGAUGCAAAACCCGUGUCGUCUGCUGAAGGAGUAGAAAAAGAUGCCGGCUUGGAGGUAUCUCCAAGGAACAGAUGUGAACUGUCUGAUCGAGCAUGUGCUACCCCAGUUAGUUGUGUGACGCCUGUUAAUGUGGCAUCACCUGUUUGUAUGGGUAAUGAAUAUUUCAAACAAUCAUGCAAGAAGAACCUAGCAAGAUCAUCCCUAAUGAAAGAAAUUAACAGCUUGACUGCAAUUUCACCAGUACCUACUUCUGCAUCAAAAAAUUUGAGGAGAAGGAGGGAUAUGUCUAACGUUCGAGUCCUGUUCAGCCAUCACUUGGAUGAUGAUAAAAUUAAGCAACAGAAAAAGAUUUUGGCUCGUCUAGGAGUUCCCACAGCAUCCUCAAUUUCGGAUGCCACACACUUCGUAACAAAUCAAUUUGUGCGGACGAGGAAUAUGUUAGAAGCUAUUGCUUUAGGUAAACCAGUGGUGACUUAUUUAUGGCUUGAGAGCUGUGGACAAGCUAACUGUUUUAUUGAUGACAAAAAUUAUAUACUGAGGGAUGCAAAAAAAGAGAAGGAAUUUGGUUUUAGCAUGCCGGUUUCAUUGACACGUGCUUGCCAGCACCCCCUUUUAGAGGGUCGAAGAGUUUUAAUCACCCCAAAUACAAAACCUGGUAAAGAAAUACUGACAAGCUUGGUUAAGGCGGUUCAUGGCCAGGCAGUGGAGAGAAUCGGCAGAUCUUCAUUGAAGAAUGAAAAAAUUCCAGAUGAUUUGUUGAUCCUAUCUUGUGAAGAAGAUUAUGCAUUAUGUGUGCCCUUCCUUGAGAAAGGGGCAGCAGUUUACAGUUCAGAGCUGUUACUGAAUGGGAUCGUUACUCAGAAGCUGGAGUAUGAGAGACAUCGCCUCUUUGUGGAACAUGUUAAGAGAACUCGUUCUACGAUAUGGGUGAAGAAAGACGGCAACAAGUUUCUUCCUGUAACUAAGCAUAAGUAAUUUUGAUCAACUCUCUUUUUCCCCUCUGCCUAUGGGCGUUUUUGUGGUAGGCUUGCGUAGAUCUGUGCAAAUUAUGAUGUUUUUAUUUAACUUAAAUAUCUAUGCUGUGUAUGAAAAAAAACAUUAAUGUAUAAUUAUGUUCUAUUUUCUCAUUUGAUCUCUGUUACUUGGAAGUGUGAUGUAGCUUUAAAACACCAUUUGUAUAUUUUACGAGUAUUCUACAUUCAUUUCAUUUUAUUGGAAGUUUGAUCGACCA